AUGACCGAUUUCAUAGUCACGAGUGUGAAGUACUACCUCCUGAGCAAAAGCAAAGGAAAGGUUGUGCUGGACGUGGCCAAAACUGGAAGCAACUCUAAGUCACAAGAGCCCAAAGCGCAGGCUAAGGUGGCUGUAGCAGUGGAAGAGAAUGGCAAUGAUGAUCCCUUUGCUCGGAACCAGAAGGAACUCCAGGAAGCAGUGUUUUGGUCCCAGGGUCGCUCAGAGUGGCCCUUUAUUUCUAGCCCAGUGGGCAUGGCAACCAUGCCAAGCCUGCAAAUGCUUUCCCGCGAAUGGGAGAACACAGAGGAGAUCCGGGAUCGUGUUAGGAAAGAUGGGGUGCUCUUGUGGAAGGAGGCUUGGGAAGACAAACUCAAGAUAGAUAUCCACCACACCGCUAAGAACUAUUCAGUGCUUCGCCCUUUGUGCCAGCGUUUGCAAGACAGUAAUGGCGCGGUUGGUAUGCAUACUGUUCCCAAGAUUCAACACCAGAUCAAGAUGCUCUACAUGACCAUGAACAUCCCGUGUCCCCCCAAGAGGGAUCUAAAGCAGGCAGCCAAAGAUGUCAAGAAGUGUCUUGUGCUGAUCAAACAGAAGCUUCAGAGGGGGCAGAUUUGCAGGUCUUUCCCAUUCAGGAAGCUCAUGGCUCUGGUUUAUGACCCCGAAGAACGUGAGGAGUUGCAAAACAAUGAUGAUGAUGGUUCAGAUGAUGACGGCGAAGAAAUUCCAUCAGACCCUGACAGUGAGGAUGAGAAUGCGGAUAGCCUCCCCCUGGAGAAUGACCAACCCCAAGCCUCACAACCUUUCGCUGAGGAAGAACAGCCUGGCACCCCGCCAAAAGCACCCACCCAGCCUGCCGCAGCAGAGGUGAUUGAGAUCAAUGAGACUCCGUGCAAAGAGGAACCCGAACAUGUUUCGCAGCAGGAAUUUUCAGGAAGUGAAGAUGAGAAGGAAAGGGGGGAGGAGGAAGCAGCAGGGAUGCUGGAGGCAGGUGAAGGUGAAUUGGACAAUUCAUACCAUGAAGAAUCCCUUGCCUUGAAUGAAAACCAUGUGGAGACGAUGGGAGAUGACCCAGGUUCCAAGGGUGAUCUUGACAGUGAUCUUGACAGUCGCCCAAAAAAAAAGGAGGAAAGAAUUGAGGAACUUCAGAAAAAACUUGCUGUUCUCCGUAAACAAGUAACAUCAGCGAAAGCGAAAGAAUCCCUUUCAUCAUCCAGCACUGCAGUUCCGGUUUUGGAAUCUCUACCCUUUGGUGGGGAUGAUGUGGACACCCAAGAUCACCCUUUGCUAGACGACUUGGCCAAAACCUAUGAUUUCCCCGAAGAGAAGUAUCACAUCUUCGGCGACAGCGAGCCCCAUGAGAACACGGUUCCAAUAGUGUUGCGGCGCCAACAACUUGGACUACGAAAGAAAGGUGAGGACGAGGAGAAGGCGCCCACAAAAGCUAAGGGACGAGGUAAAGGAAGGGGAAAGGGCAAGAAAGUGGAGAAAAAACAGACUGCAGUUGAUCAAGAGGAUACAGAGAAGGAUGAAGGUAAGGUCAACGGUCAGGAUGAGAAUGAGGGAGAAGGAAAGGACGAUUCCAAGACAAAGGCAGGCCAAGACAAUGACCCCAACGAGAAAGGAGAUGGUGUGAACACAGACACAAAGGAGGUCAAGAAGAAGGAGCAGGGCAGCUGGUGCCCCAAGCUUCCAAAACAAAAGCGUACUCCCACUCAAAAAGAACCAACUGGUGCCAGUCAAGGUGCCCCUGGAAAAGAAACCCCAGGAAGAAUAGUUUCACAGAGUGGAUCUCAAGCUGAGAAGAUGCCCACUGGCAAGAACAGUGGAGAGAGUGGCAAAAAAAAAGAUAAAGAUUUGAAGCCGAAAACCCCGAAGAAGAAGAAGAAUGAAAAGGAACCUGAAUCCCAUGAAAUGAAAGGAACCCGAGGAAAGAAAAGAGAAACUGAGGAAAGCAAGUCGGCAGAGGACCUAGAGGUGGUGGAGAAGGGGGCGGCGGAUCCCAAAGGGGCUGGAGCAUGUGAGAAGCCUGCACCAACGAAGAGGGUGAGAACCAAACAGCCCCAGAACACUGAGACACCAGCUAGCAAAAGAGUUGAAAACUCUGGGGAUGGCAUGGGAGAUGCAAAGCCGAAGAAGGCGCCAGCAUCCAAGAAGACCAAGAAGACCAAGCAGAAGAAGCCCCGUUGCACAGCACUCAGCAGACCAGACUUGUGGAAGACACAUGGUUAUGAGAGUGAUCCAAUUGAAGAUUCAGAAGAGGAGGAGCGGUCAGAGAAGGAAGAGGUAGAAGGUUCAGCCAAGGAGGAUGCCAAGGUCGAGGUCCCGAGGAGGAAAGCAGCCCAGGCAAAGGCCAAGACUUCGAAGCCACAACAGGCAAACCCUGGUGAUGACAAGCAGGAGAAGAAGAAGAAGAAUCCCAGAAAGGAAGGUUCCCCAGAGGAAGAGGAGGCACCCCCAAAGAGGAGACGACGAAGGUCUUCAAGCCCUGCCUCUUUUGCACGCAGAAACUGUCCAAAGUCGGAGUUUGGAAAGGCAAAGUGGCAUGCUUUGAAACGAGCAUUCACGGAGUUGAUCCGGCCACGGCUUACAACUUACAGUGCCCACGAGGACAAGUUCUGGCAGUUCGCGACCAGUGAGUGGAAGAAGGAUGACAUUGAGGUGCUGAGCAUCAAAGGCAUGGCUCGGCCGCCCAGAGCUGCGGGGUUGCCUGAGCAGUUUUUGCACAAUAUACCCUUUUGCAAAAUGAUAAAGCCAGCGAACCGCUUCAAGUUGGACUUAGUGAUGGGCCGGCUCUAUGCCAUGGGUGCUCCCCAGUUGCUACUGGCAAGCAUCGCGCUCCUCGCUCUCAACCCGGAAGUUGAGAUAUUUACCGAGGCCUACGGGUUCCUGGAAUUUUUCUGUGGACAAGCAUGGGUCUCAACUGUGAUGCGGGCGAGCGGUGUGCCCACUGCCCAAUUUGACAUAUCAUUGGGAAACCCAAAACAAGGGAAGCAAGAUGCAAUGGAUUUGUUGACACCAAGCGGGUUCUCGUUGGCCCUGGUAUCUUUGCUCAACGCGAAGAUGGGAGAAUUCGAAGCAUUGUUUGGGUUGGUAUGUUCGAGCUACGUGACCGUAUCGGCAGGAACGCAUAAAAGAACACCAUGGAACCCAUUAGGGGAUGUCAACAUCGACAUGGUUUGGUGUGGGAACAAGCUUGCAGCAGUGACCGUGCUUUUGAUCAUGGUAGUCUCUGCCAUGAACGGGGCUUGGAUAUUGGAGCAACCAAGCUCUACACGACUGUUGUCUCAUCCACGGGUUAGACACCUAUGGCACCUUCUCCCCAGAGUUUACGAAGCUCGGUGGUGGAUGGCUAUGUUCGGAAGUUUGACUCCCAAGAGGCAUGACAUAUCCUCCUCGCUUCGCAUUGCGAUUGGCAAAGUACUACGGCCAGAUGAUCCUGACAAAGAUCAAACCAUCAACGAGCUGCGACAGGCUAGCAAGCAAAUGAUGAAGGAGCUGGAAGCUCUCCGUGUCCAAGCGGGUAGGGAUGGUGGUUCUAGCAGUGGUGACCCGUUUUGUAAGUCUCGGGCUGCCAAGGCAGCGGCUGUGAAAGCAACAGCUGCCAAGAGCAAAGCCAGCCCCCCAAUGCCUGAGCCCAAUGCCGGUCCUCCAGCUCCAGAGCUUCCAGAAACGGAUGCUGCCAAGCAAGCUCGCCUUCGCAGGUUGUGCGAGCGCAAGCCCAGUGGGAAAAUAAACGUCCCACUGGCGCUGCAUGAGAAAUGGUUGAAAGCAAACCGUGAUGAGCGUGACUCCAUGGUUGACAAGCUGGAUGAAGUGGGAUGGGACAAGGACCGGUUUGUUACCCAUAUGACCCGGAUCAUUCAGAAGUCUUCGAAGUUGUCAAAGAAGCGCAGGGGUUGGCACACCGAAGAGUCAAUGUCGACCAAGCUCAAAUGGAGCAAGCAGUACAUCAAGUCGGUGGUGGCCUACUGCCGACGCAAGGGCAAUGAGAAGCUGGUCAAGAAAGACCGCUACAACAAGAAGAUUGACAAAUUCUAUGUUGAGAUCGAAGAGGAGGAUGAGAAUGUAAGUGAAGACGAAGAAAUCGAACGUACUGAGGAAACGGAGGUGCGCGAUGGUGGUGUCAGCUUGAACCGGCUUGGGAGGCGCCAGGGGGCAGGAGUUCCAGAGCUACCCGAGACUUCAGACUCGGAAACAGAUGCUGAGGGCAAGGAAAAGGAUGCGAAGGUUUCCAACAGUGCUGAGGAGGAGUGGGAGCGCUUCAAGAAGUUCGCGGACAGUCUCCUGGUAAAGUGCACCAAGCUCUCCGAGAUCAUCGCAGACUUGGAGCAGGCCUUGGAGGAGUCAGGCAAGACCCCGGACACUGGUGAUCACAAAAGGGCAACCAAGUCAGUCCAGAAUCUGGAGAACGCCGUCAAAGUCUUGGAAGCUGAGUUCGAGGCAUGCGAGCAGGUCAAAGCCUCCAUGGCCAAGCACAAGAAAGCUAUGCCUGGAAGUGCUGGGGAGACGGAGCUACGUGAGAAGAUUGAGGCCCAAAUUCUGAAGACCACCCUUGCGUGCAGCAAGGUGACCACCAGCGAGUCCGGAGCCAGGAGCGUUCUCCGAGCACUCCGUAAAAUCAUCAACAGCUGGGAGGAGUGAGUUGGCUGUCUGAGCUGGGAUCUUGUUGAAAGGCUAGCGGUGUGCGUGAGAAC